AUGCGGAGCGAGGUGAGGGUGGUCGCGGUGGUGGCCGCGUUCGCGAGGGACCUGGAGGCCGGCGAUGCGGCGGCGGCGCGCGGGUGGCCUGCCGGCGCGCUCUCGUCGUACGCGGUGUCCAAGGCGGCGCUGAACGCCUACUCGCGGGUGCUGGCGCGGCGGCAUGUCUACGCAGGCCGUGGUACCGGCACCACGUACGCCUGCCGAACCGAUUGGGCGGAGGCCACAACCCAGCCCACAGCAACAGCCAACCUCGGCAUGACAAGACCGGCGCAGCCGGGGCCGCCGCCGAGCGGGCUGCGGGCGCGCGCUCACCACACGCCGCUGUAA